CCUCUCAAAACGAAGCCUCCAGCAAAUUCGCUUUUCGCAAACGCCUUGCCCCCCUAGCAAAAGCCGCCCGACAUGGUCUCCCUCGCUCCUUUUGUCCUGAAGCGGCCCUGGCUGGUCAAGGCCCUGACGCCCGCCGCCAAUUGGUACGCUGGCGCUUCCGGCUACCGCCAGCUCGGCCUGAGAUACGACGAUCUCCUCGAGGAAGAGAACGAAGCCGUCCAAAUCGCCCUUAAGCGUCUGUCCGCCAAGGAGUCCUACGAGCGCGUCUACCGCAUCCGCCGCUCCAUCCAGUGCAGCUACACCCACAAGCUGCUCCCCAAGGACCAGUGGACCAAGCCCGAGGAGGACGUCCCUUACCUGCGAACCAUUCUGCAACAGGUCGAGGCCGAGCUCGCUGAGAAGGAUGCCCUGGAUUCCAUGACUGUCAUCAAGAAGCACUAAGAAACGAAAAAUUAUGGAAUGAAUGCACGUUAUUGGUUCGGAGAGCAGGAUCAAGCAGCGGCGGCGAUGGUUGUUUAGAGAUCUACACAGGUCUCUUGUAUUAAAAAAUGUAUAGACAUGGUCUAACCUUGACUCCCUUUGCUCAUUAU